AUGAAUGGCAACCAAUUUUGUGACCUAAAUGCUCUCUUUCCCAUCGGAGUGACUUUAUUUAUUUCAAACAGUGGAAGUCUAAAGGUUUGUUUUCUCUGUGUUGUUUCUAUCUCACUGACAUCUCGUGUGUUUCACAUGUUCCUGGAGAGACCAAAGACGCAGAGGCAGCACCAGUGGUGAAGAAGACCAUAGAGAUAGUCAAAGCUGUGAGUCUCCAUGUCAAGUAA